CCGCAGCUCCGGGGCAGCCGGGAAGGCGAGCCCCGCAGGAACGCUUCAUGCCGCCCACCGGCCUGGAGCCAUCCAAGAUGAACCGGAAGAAAGGGGACAAGGGCUUCGAAAGCCCGAGGCCGUAUAAAUUAACCCAUCAGGUCGUUUGCAUCAACAACAUAAACUUCCAGAGAAAAUCUGUUGUGGGAUUUGUGGAGCUGACUAUAUUUCCUACAGUUACAAACCUGAAUAGAAUCAAGUUGAACAGUAAACAGUGUAGAAUAUACCGAGUAAGGAUCAAUGACUUAGAGGCUGCUUUUAUUUAUAAUGAUCCAACCUUAGAAGUUUGUCACAAUGAAUCCAAACAGAGAAAUCUCAAUUAUUUUUCUAAUGCUUAUGCAGCUGCAGUUAGUGCUGUGGAUCCUGAUGCAGGAAAUGGAGAACUUUGCAUCAAGGUUCCAUCAGAGCUGUGGAAGCAUGUUGACGAGUUAAAGGUCCUGAAGAUACAUAUUAAUUUUUCUUUGGAUCAGCCAAAAGGAGGUCUUCAUUUUGUGGUACCCAAUGUAGAGGGGAGUAUGGCAGAGAGAGGUGCACAUGUCUUUUCUUGUGGGUAUCAGAAUUCCACAAGAUUUUGGUUCCCCUGUGUCGAUUCUUACUCUGAAUUGUGUACCUGGAAGUUAGAAUUUACAGUGGAUGCCGCAAUGGUAGCUGUUUCCAAUGGAGACUUGGUGGAGACAGUGUAUACUCAUGAUAUGAGGAAGAAGACCUUCCAUUAUAUGCUCACCAUUCCUACAGCAGCAUCAAAUAUCUCCUUGGCCAUUGGCCCUUUUGAAAUACUUGUAGAUCCGUAUAUGCAUGAGGUUACUCAUUUCUGUUUACCCCAACUUCUUCCUUUACUUAAACAUACUACAUCAUACCUUCAUGAAGUCUUUGAAUUUUAUGAAGAGAUUCUGACAUGUCGCUAUCCCUACUCCUGUUUUAAGACUGUCUUCAUUGACGAGGCUUAUGUUGAAGUGGCUGCCUACGCUUCUAUGAGCAUUUUUAGCACAAAUCUUCUACACAGUGCAAUGAUUAUAGAUGAGACGCCCCUGACAAGAAGAUGUUUAGCCCAGUCUUUGGCCCAGCAGUUUUUUGGAUGUUUCAUAUCCAGAAUGUCUUGGUCUGAUGAGUGGGUGCUGAAGGGAAUUUCAGGCUAUAUUUAUGGACUUUGGAUGAAAAAAACUUUUGGUGUUAAUGAGUACCGUCAUUGGAUUAAAGAGGAACUAGAUAAAAUAGUGGCAUAUGAAUUGAAAACUGGGGGAGUUUUACUACAUCCCAUAUUUGGUGGUGGAAAAGAAAAGGAUAACCCAGCAUCUCAUCUUCACUUUUCAAUAAAGCACCCACACACCCUGUCCUGGGAGUACUACACCAUGUUUCAGUGUAAAGCUCACCUUGUGAUGAGAUUGAUUGAGAACAGAAUCAGCAUGGAGUUUAUGCUGCAGGUUUUCAAUAAACUGCUAAGUCUGGCUAGUACUGCUUCAUCUCAGAAGUUCCAGUCACAUAUGUGGAGUCAGAUGCUGGUUUCCACAUACGGGUUUUUGAAGUCCAUUUCAAAUGUCUCUGGGAAAGACAUCCAGCCCUUAAUAAAGCAGUGGGUAGACCAGAGCGGAGUGGUGAAAUUUUAUGGAAGCUUUGCAUUUAAUAGAAAACGAAAUGUUUUAGAACUAGAAAUAAAACAAGAUUAUACAUCUCCUGGAACUCAGAAAUAUGUGGGACCACUUAAAGUGACAGUGCAAGAAUUAGAUGGAUCCUUCAACCAUACAUUGCAAAUUGAAGAGAACAGCCUUAAACAUGAUAUACCCUGCCAUUCUAAAAGCAGAAGGAAUAAGAAGAAGAAAAUCCCACUGAUGAAUGGGGAGGAAGUUGACAUGGAUCUUUCUGCAAUGGAUGCUGAUUCCCCUUUACUGUGGAUAAGAAUAGACCCAGACAUGUCAGUGCUGAGGAAGGUAGAAUUUGAGCAAGCUGAUUUUAUGUGGCAGUAUCAACUCCGCUAUGAGAGGGAUGUUGUUGCCCAGCAGGAGUCCAUCUUGGCCUUGGAAAAAUUCCCUACUCCAGCAUCCCGUCUUGCACUUACUGACAUUCUGGAACAAGAGCAGUGCUUCUACCGUGUAAGAAUGUCAGCUUGCUUCUGCCUUGCAAAGAUUGCAAACUCCAUGGUGAGCACAUGGACAGGACCACCAGCUAUGAAGUCACUCUUUACGAGAAUGUUUUGUUGUAAAACUUGUCCAAACAUUGUGAAAACAAACAACUUUAUGAGCUUUCAGAGUUAUUUUCUGCAGAAGACUAUGCCAGUUGCGAUGGCUUUGCUAAGAGAUGUACAUAAUCUUUGUCCCAAAGAAGUCUUAACAUUUAUUUUAGACUUAAUCAAGUACAACGACAACAGAAAAAAUAAGUUUUCAGAUAACUAUUAUCGUGCAGAAAUGAUCGAUGCCCUGGCCAACUCCGUCACACCUGCGGUCAGUGUGAAUAAUGAAGUUAGAACUCUGGAUAACUUAAAUCCUGAUGUGCGACUAAUUCUUGAAGAAAUAACCCGGUUUUUGAAUAUGGAAAAACUUCUUCCAAGUUACAGGCACACUAUCACUGUCAGUUGCUUGAAAGCCAUAAGGGUGCUGCAGAAGAAUGGACACGUACCAAGUGAUCCAUGUCUCUUCAGAUCCUAUGCGGAGUACGGCCACUUUGUGGACAUCAGGAUAGCAGCUUUGGAAGCAGUUGUUGAUUACACUAAAGUUGAUAGGAGUUAUGAAGACCUUCAGUGGCUACUUAAUAUGAUUCAGACUGAUCCUGUGCCCUAUGUAAGGCAUAAGAUUCUAAACAUGUUGACGAAGAACCCGCCAUUCACAAAGAACAUGGAGUCUCCUUUAUGCAACGAAGCUCUGGUUGAUCAGCUCUGGAAGCUGAUGAAUUCUGGUACUGCACACGAUUGGAGGUUACGGUGUGGUGCUGUGGACUUGUACUUCACUCUUUUUGGCCUCAGUAGACCUUCCUGUUUACCCUUGCCAGAGCUUGGAUUGGUUCUUAAUCUAAAGGAGAAAAAAGCUGUCUUGAAUCCUACCAUAAUUCCAGAAGCCAUAGCAAGCAACCAAGAAACUGCAAGUAACGCCAGCAGCCAUGCACAGCUAGUUGGAUUUCAGAACCCUUUUUCAAAUUCUCAAGAUGAAGAGGAGAUUGAUAUGGAUACAGUUCAUGAUAGUCAGGCCUUCAUUUCCCAUCAUCUGAAUAUGCUUGAAAGGCCAUCCACUCCAGGGCUUUCUAAAUACCGACCAGCCAGCUCCAGAUCUGCCUUAAUGCCCCAACAUCCAUUAGGCAGUGAUGGCAUACUCACCUCAAAACCCCCAUGGGGCAUCAUGGAACUGUCCCGAAAGGGAACAGGGAAAGAGCCAUCGCCUUUGGAGAUGAGUAUGCAUCCAGUGGCCACGGCUCCACUGUCAGUGUUCGCUAAGGAGCCUGUGUCCUCCAAACACAGUGAGCACCAUCACCACCACCAUCAUGAGCACAAGAAGAAGAAGAAGAAGCACAAGCACAAGCACAAACACAAGCACAAGCACGACAGCAAAGAUAAGGACAAGGAGCCUUUCUCUUUCUCCAGCCCUGCCAGUGGCAGGUCUGUGCGCUCUCCUUCGCUUUCAGACUGAAACCUGGCAACAAGGCUUACCAGACUCCUCCCUAGAAGAUUGUUACUAAAGCAUUGUUCUCUGUGGAGAGUGAUAAAGCGGGAAAGAUGCUUCUUGUCUUUGGGAAGUUGAGAACGCAUUUCAGUUCUAGGAGUUUGAUUUGUGUUAUUUAUACAACUGAGAUUUAAAUAAGAAACCGUGUUUUAUGGUUCUGGACGAACGGUUUCCACCCUUGUUUCUUAAGACACACAUGCAUACAGACCGAACUUUUUACUAAAGCCUUCAUAGCCACUGGCAGUGUCCAUUGACACGAUGGCCUCCCUGUGGACUGUUAGCACCAGUUAUGCCUGAAAGCCUUUGACGGAUGUCAACAGGGCAAAGGAACAUUUUAAACAAGCAACUGCCAGUUCUGUGGUGUACCCAGUAUUUCCAGUGAAAUGCUGUGUAGCACACCUGGAAUUACUGAAGAGGCAGACUUUCCUGUAGGGCUUUUUCCUUUUGCACUGCUUUUUGUGUUAACCAUAGAACUAAGCACCAUCAUUUAUUAGCAAAGAAAAUAAACGUUCUAUCUCCUUUUACCCUAAGUACCAAAAUUUUUGGAAGAAAUUAUUUUUUAAAAAAUUGAAAAUAACCAACUUUUGAUAGCACAUUUGGCCACUAUGAUGUUGGAAUUUAGUAGAACAGUUGGAUCCAUAGUUAUUCUCAAAUCAAGAUAUUUAAAUUAUGUUUUGUUUUGUCUUCCAUUAAGUACAAGUGAAUAUACGCAUAUGUAAAAUACGCUUUGCUGUAGGUGAAUAGUUUACAUAACCGACACAUACUCUUUCUAAAAUUAUUCUGUACAUAAGCCAGGUGUAGUGGCAGCAUGCCUGUAAUCCCAGCACUUGGGAAAUGGAGGUAGGAGGAUCUUUCAAGACCAGACUUGGCUACGUGAGAAUCUGUCUCAAAAAACAAAAUGAAAAUUACUCUGUAUAACAAAAAUAUGACACCUUUAAAAAGUGAGUUUAUUUGUUGUUUAUUAGUUGGGACAUAGAUAAUUUGGCCCUCACUGGAGUAUACCAGGAACAUUUUUUAAAAAGACAUGUACACUGUUUUGGUUUCGUAUUUUAGUAGUUUGUAUGGUUGUGUGUUUUAUUUUUAUUUCUGAAUUUAACCAGGUUCUGUGUUAAGGAUUUUUUUUCACAUCGGCUCACUUUUUAUCAUUUACCUUGUCAUUAAAAAGCUUGACUAAAUAAUCUCAAGUAUUUCAGAAGGGAUCCAAUAAUGUUGGACUUUUAAGUAUACUUUUAGUUAUAUUUAACUUGUUUAAUAAAUAACUUUUAAAAUUGA